UUCUUCUUCCUCUCGGCUCUAAUGGCGAGCUCCACGGGUCCGGGUCGGGCCGGUCCGGGACUCUGGUCCUCGGCGCUGCUACUGCUGAUGCUGACGGGGCUGACCGGGCCGGUGGGCGCCGUGUCCGAACCGGGGAAAUGGAUCCUGAACGUCGACAGUGAGACCUUGAAGAAGCAGACUCUCUUCUACUUCACUAAGACUCUGUUCAACAGCAGCUUUAUCCAUCUCAAACUGUUGGGAGGGACCUGUAACUUCUCAACUCCUGUCAAUUUGAGUGUCUCCUGGUAUCUGAGGAGCUCCCGCUGCUACGAUGAGGUCUUCAGCCUGGACGCGUCCCGAGUAGGAAAUUACUUCAGGUUGACGGAGGUCAGACAACCAGGAGGAGGAAGUGGAUUCUACGUUUUCCACCAGUAUCCUGCCGUCCUCUGCCAAACGCAGAUCAACCCCAACGCGUUCGGCCUGAACGUCUUCGGGGCGGAAACGCGACUGACAGAACCGCCGCAGCCGCCGACAAUCACAGAGAAGACGUCAGGGCUGAGGAGGAGAGAGGUGGAGCUUCCAAAACCAAAGGCCGCCGCACCGGAGAAGAAAAGCACUUCAGGAGAAACAGGAAAAGCUACUGUCCCUGCGAAAGAGGUUGCCGCCCAUUCUCACUUCGACGCGGUGGCUAAGACCUGGGAGGACGGACCCUACAUGUUCAUCCUGAACAUCAGAGAGAUCAAGGACAAGAACCGAGCCCCCGACCCCGCCAACCCCCCCGCGCCCUGGAGUCUGCAGCUGCAGAUCAGCAUGGACGGUCCUCAUGACUACAUAUCAGCCACUGAAUGGCCUCUGAUGGUGUUCUACAUGGUGAUGUGCAUCGUGUACGUGCUGCUGGCGGUGCUGUGGUUGGUCCUGUCGGCCUGUUACUGGAGGGAUCUGCUCAGGAUCCAGUUCUGGAUCGGGGGAGUCAUCUUCCUGGGCAUGUUGGAGAAAGCUGUUUACUAUGCCGAGUUCCAGAGCAUCCGAUAUGACGGCUUGUCAGUCCACGGGGCGGUGGUGUUCGCCGAGGUGCUCUCUGCGGUGAAGAGGACUCUGGCCAGGGUGCUGGUGAUCAUUGCCAGUCUGGGAUACGGCAUCGUCAAGCCCAGACUCGGCGCCCUGCUUCACAGAGUGGUCGGAGUCGGUCUGCUCUACCUGAUCUUCUCCAUCGUCGAGGGAAUCCUACGAGUCAACGCUGAUCGAGGCGACAUCACCAGCAGUAAAUUUUUGUGUGACAUAGUGCUGGCCUUCACUGAUGCCUGUAUUGUCUGGUGGAUCUUUGUGAGCCUGGCUCAGACCAUGAAGCUGCUGAGGUUGAGGAGGAACGUGGUGAAGCUCUCUCUCUACAGACACUUCACCAACACGCUCAUCUUCGCCGUCAUAGCAUCGGUCAUCUUCAUCAUUUGGACAACCAAGACCUUCAAGAUGUCCAAAUGUCUUUCUGACUGGAGGGAGCUGUGGAUAGAUGACGCUUUCUGGCGCUUCUUGUUUUCCCUCAUCCUAUUGGUCAUCAUGUUCCUAUGGCGACCAUCGGCCAAUAACCAGAGGUAUGCCUUCAGUCCUCUGGUGGAUGAAGAGAGUGAGGAAGAGGAGAAGGAGCCCAUGAUGAAUGAGGCGUUCGAGGGGAUGAAGAUGAGGGGCAUGAAAAAUGAGACCAACGGUACGGUCAAACCCAACAAAGUGGAUGAGGAUCUGAAAUGGGUAGAAGAGAACAUCCCGUCGUCCAUGGCAGAUGUCGCCCUGCCCCCCCUGCUGGACUCGGAUGAGGAGACCAUGACGACGAAGUUUGAGAUGUCCAAGAUGGAGUAAAGGGGGAGCGGAAGGACAGAUGAGUGGAGGGAAGAUGCAGCAGGAGGAGUGUUGGAUAAACACCAGUGGGGUAAACGGACUGACAGAUAAUACGGAUUAAUAUCGGUGUAUGUGGUGGAGUAAAAGAGAAGGAUGGCUGAUUAAGUGCACAUGUGAAGAGGGAUUGACGAACUGAUGGAUGAAAGAGGGAACACAGAGGAGAGCGAGUAUUUGCUUUACGAGGACGGCGGUGUCGGUAUGUGAUUUAAUCCCUGAAUUUAUGAGCUUUGUAAGCCUUGAUUGUACAUACGCUGGGAGUAAAAUCAAUCACAGUGACACACAGACCCUUUUUAUUUUUAUUUUUAGUGCCCGUUUGUAUUUAUAUCUCUAUAUACAAUAUAUUUUGAAAAAUUUGAUGUUAAUGAGGUUUUUUGCCUCCUCACCGUUCACAUGCAGAAAUGUGAUUUUCAAAUCUUGUGUCGUCAGACAUUUUGUGUGUUCACUGUUGCCCCCCGUCACUGCUGUUUUGCUGCUUUAUUUUUAUUUUUUUUCUUACAUUGACAGUUUCAUACAUGUUGAGAGAGUUUCAUUUGGAUCCCUUCAACCUGUAAAAACCAAAGUUGUUAUUCAGAAAGAAAAAACAUGGAUGUGAAUGACUACUAUGAAAUGUUUUCUAGCGCUUGCUUUUUUGGAAUAUUGUGAGGUUUGUCAUUGACGGUAGUUUUGGUUUUGGAUCCAUGUUGUUCCAGCUUUGGUUCCGGUGCAUUUUGAGCCAUUAAAUUGUUUGCAUUCAGUAAAUUAUUGAUAAAUUUACUGAUGUUUUUUUUUAUGUUUUGGCUGAGUGGGGGUUAUUUUACUUCAUUCUUUGUGUCUGUGUGAAGGAAUUUUGAAGUUUUUGCAACAGAAGAAGAUCACCAUAAAAGACACAUUUACUCCAUCAGACUAAUUGCAGUCAGUGAAAAUUUAGAAUAUCUUUGAUUGACUUUAACGAAAUACUAGUUUUAUUGUUAGAAUUUCCUAACUGCCAACAAAGUGCAUUUCAUUAUAUGUCCCUUUGCAUGACGAUGUGCGUUCAGGUGACUUGUGUGGUCCCCUCAGUUUUUUAGUGAACUGUCUGCAGAACCUCGUCGACGCGUACCACGCGCUUAAGGGUUCUGAUUCACUGAGCCGACGGUCCGCCACUGGACGCCGUCAGGCCGCUGUCGAGCGCCUCGCUGAUUGAAGAGACGGCUGUGGCAGUUUGCAAGAGAACACUGUGAUUGGCUGCUCAGACAGGUGAAUAAGGGAGUUCACCAGUUUAGCGCAGCUUCUCUUUAUUUCUCACCGUUGCCUUUUGUCUUGUUUUCUUUCUUCUGAGCUAUGCUACAGUAGCUGAAUGGCUCCAGGGAUGGCAGUGUCAGUUCGACUGUCCAGUCUGAACUAUUUUAGCAACUGGAUGCAAUGCCAUUAAAUUUUGUACCGUAUAGACGUUCAUACUCCCCCACGGGAUCAGUCCUGAUGACUCUGGCCAUCGCCCGCCUUUUACCCCAGCGCCAGCAGCGGGUUGACGCUUUUGGCUUUUAUGGAAAUACGUCAACAAGUAUUGUAUGGAUUUCCGUGAAAUUUGGUGGAGAUAUCCGCGGUGCCCUGUGGAUGAAUCCUAGUGUCUGUGACGAUCCCCUGGCUUUUCGUCUGGCGCCACCGUAAGGUUGACAUUUGUGGCUUUGAGUGAAGUGUGUCGACGGCUAUUGGAUGGAUUGCCAUGGAAUUUGGAACGUUUGUUCACGCGACCCUCAAAAUUACUUUAACUUUUCAUCAUUGGGUCAGAAUUUUAAUUCGUCCGAUGCUUUGGUUUAUGACCAAAUACCCGCAAAACUAAUGACACUCGCCUCAGCCUCAGCUGCACUUUGGGUUCAGUGCUAAUAAGCAAACGUUAACAGGCUAAACCAGAAUGCGUUAGCGUUUAGUUCAGAGUACGUCCUCACAGAGCUGCUAGCAUGGCUUUAGACUCCUAGGGUUGUUGGGUUUAGAAGACAGACUUCACACUAGUUCAUGUAUUUCCUCUCACACAGGAGCCUGUUGGCAAUCAGCUGUAGUACAAGUACGAAUAAAACCUAAGACAUGAGGCAAAGCGUUUGAUUGGCCAGGAGUUUGGCGGUUCAGGUCCUAAAGAGGAAACGUAUAUGGUUGAAGUCCAGCUGGAGACCUUUACCUGGGGAGUUUGAUUCUCUUUCUCUGUCCGUCGCUGUGCUUCCUGUCUCCAUUUAACAGUAAACUAAUAAAAUUAGGAUUUAUAAAAAGUGCCAGACAAACUCACAGAGCAUGUCCAUCUGAGUCUGAUGUCCCCCCCAUACACUUUACUUCGUUGUCUUGCUUAUUUGCUUUGAUCAUGCUUAACCAUGGCCACCUACAGUGUCCGCUCCCACACACACACACACGUGUUACUCUUUUCCCAGCCUCAUGCGUGUAGUGUUUUCAAUGAUCGCAGCCAUUAUCUCUCUGAGUGGCCCGUGGAGCCGGCAGCCAGCUCCGCGUGUACAUGUGAACACAAGGACUAUCCUGUGUGUGUGUGUGUGUGUGUGUGUGUGUGUGUGUGUGUGUGUUCCAGCCUGUUAAGUGUUGACAGUGACUUGUCUGAAUGGACUAAACGCUCCAUACAUCAUCCCAUUCAGCCGCGGGGAAAGGUCCACUCUCCCUCUCCGCUGUCUGCCCCCGUCAGCCUGCAGCAGCUCGCAGUCCGCUCGCUGUUACCGGCCACAUCGGGUGAAACGUUUGGGCUUUUCGGCUCUUUUCUGUUUCGGAAAAGUUUCAGGCUGAAAUUACGGAUGUCACGAUAAAGUUUUUUGCCCCCCCCACACACAGACACACACCCGAUCCUAAUCUGAUUCUGUAUUUUUCUUUGCUAACACAACCCAGCUGCACUCAUAAAGCAGACCUGCAGCAGAACUGGCAAAGCAGAUUCAGUUUAGAUGAGACAUGUUUGACCGCUGGUAUUGUUGCACUAUAAAUUUAAUGUGUGUUCAAAACUGAUCUCUGCCGCAGUGUGAGAAGUGUCCAGUUACAGUCUGAGAGGAGGAGGCAGGAGUCACUCCAGCUAACUAGUUCUUUACGAGCCUUUGUAAUUACCUUUGCUGUUAAUCGAUUUGAAUGACUAGGUGUGGAUUUUGUACCAGUGAUGGAGGUUUCACCCUGGAGAGAAGCUCUUCAGCCUGAUGUGUCCACAGUAAAAUGUGUUCCAGUUUUGUCAGCCUCUUCAUUUCACAUCACAAAGCCGCAUCCGUCUGUUGUUGUCCAAAAAGACCUUGAUUAUGUAAAGUACUGUGCUGUUUGGUUUGUUAUUAAAUCAAAAGUUAAUAAUAAAAACUUGG